ACAACGGGAUGUGAAACUAGCUGAUUUUGGAGUUGCAGCCAAAAUAACAGCCACCAUUGCCAAGAGGAAGUCCUUCAUCGGGACUCCUUACUGGAUGGCCCCAGAGGUAGCAGCAGUAGAGAAGAACGGGGGUUACAACCAGCUGUGUGACAUCUGGGCCGUGGGCAUCACCUCCAUAGAACUGGCCGAGCUGCAGCCCCCUAUGUUUGACCUGCACCCAAUGAGGGCCUUGUUUCUCAUGUCAAAGAGCAGCUUUCAGCCUCCCAAGCUGAAAGAUAAAAUGAAGUGGUCCACAGCCUUCCAUAACUUUGUGAAAGUCUCUCUGACCAAGAACCCCAAGAAGAGACCAACAGCAGAGAAGCUCCUAUCGCAUUUGUUUAUAGAUCAGACAGGGCUGACCAGGAGAGUAGCUGUGGAGCUGCUGGACAAGAUGAACAACCCAGACAACCACCAACACUUCUCUGAGGUGGACGACGAUGACCUGGAGUCUCUUUCAGUAGUGAGACACACCAUCCGUUCCAUCAACAAACACCCCAGACCAGAGAGAACUCACUCGGAGAUCAGCUUUGAUAAAGUGAAGUUUGAACCUCCACUGAGGAAGGAAACGGAGGCUCACACUGAAAUGGAUGUGACUAAACAGAGCGAUUUCCCCUCCCCCUGGAGCCCAUUCGCAGAGGGAGGCAUCACGGCCAGGUAAGAACCCUGUGGUAACCGUCGUCAC